AUGUAUGAAGAAGAGAAGAAGUUUCAACAAAGGUGGGAGUUUAGGGAUGUGGGAGACAAAUUUAAUGAUUCUUCAAGUGAGGAUGAUUGCAGUACUUCCAAUAAGAAGAAGCACAAGCUCCUUUCAGACAUGUUGUUGCUUGAGACAGAGGAAGAACCAUUCUCCAAUUCUCCAGUAUCUAACUCACGGUCAUUUCGUAAAUCAAAGAAAGAUAAACGAGUAGUAAUUCACUCCCAUUCACCCAACAAGAAGAAGGAGAAGAAGAAUAAGAGCAUUUCACUUGAUGGUUUGAAGAUGUUUAUGGAAUCUAUGCUUGGGGAACUUAGAGUUGAAAGAGAAAGUAUGUUCUCAAGGAUGAGGGAAGAGAUGAAAAGAAUUGAUUCUACUAAGAAGGUGAACCCAAAGAAAGUUAGCCACAUGAGGAUGAUGAUGCAUCAGAAGAAGAUUGAAGAAAACCCAGAAACUAACAAUGGGUUCGACAGCAGCAAUGGAAAAAUAGAAAGAUUGGUGAAAAAACCAUUAGAAGCAGGUGGUGGGACUGAGAGUGACAUGACAGUGGGUUCAGAAAUAGUAGAUUUAUUUACAAGUCCUAAUAUUUCAGCUGGGUUCUUAUCAGGAGGAGGAGGAGGAGAACAAUCGUGUAAAAAGAUUUCGAUGAAUACAACAACAACAAACGAGAUUAAUGGUUUCAAUCUAUAUGGGGGCAUUCAUCAUCAGUUUUCAAAUGUGGGAAGAAGUGGAGAUGGGUUUGCUGCUGUUCCUCCACUUCAUAUUGGUAAUGGUAAUGGUAAUGGAAUCAAGAAUAAUAAUGUAUUUGGUUUGAGGAUUAGUGGGGGAGCCAUACGAUUCUCUUCUACAGGAGAUCACAGCAACAACAACAACAACCACCUAGUAACAGAUGAUAAUGAUGAUGAGAUCUGGCAAACAGAAGCCAAGACCUAUGGCCGAGAAACAUAG